GUAGCCAAUUCCCCCUUUUGAGGAUGUCUUUGAUGCGAGCAGGCCAAGUUCCAUGAGAAGGAUCGUUUCGAAACGGUGCGAACAUGUUUCCAUAAACCCACCAACGCCUGUACCUUUCGCGAAUUCUGUGGAUCUGUAACUGUGACCAGAGUUGGACCGGUGGUGGAGGUCUCCUCCACAUCCUGGCGUAGCGUCGAGGCGCAAUCCUUCAUCCCCUGCUAAUAACGUUGGCCUUGUGUUGUUGAACCGCGCCGCAGAUGUGCACAGAUUGCGUACGGGACACAUACAUACAUAAUAACCAUCAUCCCCAGGCUGCUGUGGAACCAGUUUGCCCAGAGUCGAAACUCUCCAACAUAGGGCAAACCUAUCCUUCAUCCACUGUCGUUCUUCGCAGCCACUGGGACUCGGUUCCAACAAACGCUAUUCCCUCGACCACAACCAUGUCCCACCGGUCGUUGCAACCGCCAAAAUCUCCAUAUCCCAGCUUACCCGCAUCACCAAGGGCAAACCGCUCGCAACUCUUUUCAAUAAACACAGAUGUCUGCAACACAACCACACCACCUAUGUCAGAAAAGACCGUUCCACAGGAUCUGGUAGACAGGAGAGGGCGACGACGCGAUUCUCUCGUCUUUAUCGACGCGACUAUCCCAACCAGCCCUUUAUCCAGUACAUCAACCCAUGAGCCUGACGCAGCAUUCGACGGCUUAGUUCCUCGAAGACGAAACGGAUUCGCAAGGCUCUUCAGCUGCUUUGGGCGAGAAGAGAGGGCUCGGAGAAGAACAGAACGACACACCGAAUACGUCAAAGUCGGCGAAGACCGCCACUGGACAGAGCUUUAAGUUCCUGAGCCUCGAACGCCAUCAAAACCAUCAGGUUCUUUUCACUCCAUACCCCCAACCGACUGAUUGACGGGUCCUCACCUAACCUCAUCACCCUUCGCUGGGACAGCUACUGGCUGUAUUUUGUUGAAUUCGCUGUAUCACUUCUUCGCCUGUUCCUAUUUUCGUCUGUUGAAAUCUUCUUCCCCAUCACUACGGAUGUUGUAUUUUCCUAUGUUUCCCAUUUUUAUUUUUCAUGGCGAAGGUGUGCUGGUUUUGCUUGGAGUCCCGCAAGAAGCUUUUCUGUCCCGGCUUUUCGUCCAGACCGAGGCGUCCUAGAGGUAUUUUUAGAGGGUUUAGAUAGAUACCCAAACAAUAAACAACGCAAGUACGUCACAAGAUGCAGAAUGAUAGCUCAUGG